AUGAACUUGUUCGAAUUUUUAGUUUUACCAAAUCGAGAAGAUAUUAUUCGAAUUCGGAGUCUCAAAGAUUAUUUUAAUGAAUUUAGUCAUAGAAAAUAUCCUGAUCUUUUAUCAACCAUAGAUCAUGCUGAUGCAUUUGGUGUAUAUUAUGCCUCUCAAUCAUCGGCAAUGAAUGAAAGUAUACAACAAAUUACAGCUCAAGCUGAACGAGAUAAACAACAGAAAAUACAGGAAGUCACAAAUGCUAAAGAACGAUACACACACCUUAUGAAUUCAAUUAAUGGCCGUCCAUGUACAUGUAGUUAUAGGUAUGGUUAUCGAGAAACAUGUAAUACAUGUUCAAUUCGGGAACAAGCUGCAAACAUUAAAGUACAUAUUUAUGAAUGUCCAUUACCAUCCGAACGCGAACAAGCAUUGGCCGUUAUUUUUGAAUUACAAAUGCCAAUUGAAAUUCGAAAUUAUCGUGAUAUCCUCUGGCAAUUUAUCAAUCGUCCAAAACCGCAUCCAUCACAUAAUAUGCACGAAUGGUUAAGUGUUCCUCCUCAUGCAAGCAAGUUAGGAUCGUUCUAUAAUGGUCCAAGUAACUGCAAAGUGAAAUUAGUAUCCUCUACAAAAUCUGUAACGCAAACUUAUCAUUCCUAUCCACCAUCCAUUGCUUCUACAUCUAUCGAAGGUUUUUUACAUGAAAAUAGUUUGACUGUUGAAAUCUUGCCAACAAAACCAAUUGGAUUCGAUGAUGAAUGUCGUAUAUUAACGCCUCAACUUAACCAUCCAGAUUACAAACAAUUACAAUUUACAAUAAAUACUACAAAAUUUCUUCAAAAUCAUGUAACUGCUAAACUGUCCGAUUGUUCAAUACGAAUGAAACCUAGUCAGUUUAUAGAAUUUGGUUCAUUUAGAUCAGGUCAUCGUUUACAAUGGUGGAAUCUUUUGGCAAUAUUUGAAAUGGACUCAUUGCCUAUUUCUGAAGAAAGUGUGACAAUAUUGAUUAUGCAUUCAAUAUGGCAAUACGGUCCACAGACAAGUAAUGUUAGUUUAUCCAAUAAUUCUUGGUGUUCAGAAUCACAUGAACAACUAUUAGAAGAUCAUUUUAUUGACGAAUUAGUUACGAGAUUAGAUCGUCGUUUAGAUGAUUACGAAUUAAAUCGGCAAAAUGAAUUGGUAUUAGUAGCUAUUACAAUGAUUACUAUGAGAAUGUUAAGUAUUUGUAAUUCAACAAAACAAAAUAAAAUAGCUGAUUUAGCAAUGAAAUGUCGUAGAAUCGGUGAGAAAUGGAUUGUUCUUAUUUCGGAGAAUAUUCAAACCGUAUUGUCUUCAGCCUUUAAUGAAAUAGAAAAACUACGUCUGAAAAUUGUAAUUAUUGGUAUUUCAUGCAUCUUAACAUUUUCAACCAAUUCUGAUCGAUUACAAUAUUUAUUGUCACCGAAUGAACAUAUCGUAUCUCUAGUAAAAUCAGCAACUACUAUUCAUGAUAAUAUUAUUCUAAACAAGAAUCAAUCUAAUAUGAGUACAUGCAUGAGAAAUAUUAUGAGAUUUAGCGAACAUGUCUUAGUAAUGGUACAGCCAAUAAUUGCUGAAAUUCUUCAGAAAACAUUUUAUCAAAGUUUAAAUGAUUUUGCUACUAUAUAUUGGGCUGCCAUGAGGAGCAAAGGUACUAUGAAUGGAAAAUGGGAAAAACGAAAACAAGAUCCUUAUGAUGGUUGGUAUGAUUGUCGAUAUGAAUCAAGAGUUAUAUCGAUUGAUUGUAUUAGAGGAACUUUUUUAGUUGAUAAUAUGGCCAUAGGCUAUUUACCUGAAAAUAUAACAACGAAUGAAUUAUUUACACGUGUAUUUGGUAAUCAUAUUUUUGAAGUUCAAUUGGCUGAAUUACCUAAAACUUAUAUUACUAAACAUUCGUAUCAUGGUAAUGGAAAAGCUCAAUAUGAAUUUUGUUUCAAUGAUCAAAACAAAUGUUUGAAAGUUACUGAACGACAUAUACAGACAAAUGAGAUGUUUCGAUUAAUUCCUCAUACUUGUUUUCAAAAAGAACUGCCUGAUAUGUUUGUCUCGAAACAUAGUCAUUGGUUGAACAUAAAAACUGAGAUAGUCGAAUUUCGACCUAUUCAUUUUAAAGAACCUGACUUUUUAGAUAACAGACCAUAUAUUUUAUCAUUGGAAAGUGGAUAUAUUAUUACUACUGUAGAAAAUAAUACACAAAUUUUAAUUAAUCAAUCAUCAACAUUCUUUCAAAAAUUAUUUAAUCGAUAUUUUAAUCGUCUCGAUGAUAAACCCUAUGUUUACAUGAUGCGCGGCAAUAUUUCCUCUCAGACUGAUAUGAUUAUUUACAUUCAUUUAUCUCGUUUAGGCAUUGCUUUUGAAUACAAUACUUCAACCAAUAUUAUAAAAUCUCGUGAAUAUUCAGAUAUGUGUGUUGAUAAAGAUCAAUGGUUAGGAACUUUAACAGGUCUAACAUUUGGUCUUCUCUUAUCACCAUUACUAACAAAUAAUUACAGAUUGGAUCAUUAUCCAUAUCGAAAAUUGAUUGUACCUUUUGGCACGCUUCAAAGUAAAAUAUUAAAUUACAACAUGAAUCAUCAAACUAUUACAAUAGACCGAUCCUCUUCAAUAUCAUUUCCUCAUAAAUAUUUUGUUUUUAUUUUUAAUGAUCGAUUAAAAAUAUUUCAAUCAACGGAUAGUCCUACUGGAUGGCUUUAUUUAGCAUUGUUACAUGGAAUGACUUCUCAUCCUUUACCAGAUCAAUAUACUGGAAUGACUGGAAUGGAAAGAGCUUUUCAAUUAUUCAAUUCAGCUGGUUGUUGGUCCGAUCAACCUUUUGAUGAAGUUUCAUUAAAUAUUCUUUGUCAAAUUGCAUCCAUUUCUCCAAAGGUUGAUUAUUAUCCACAAAAAAUGACUAUUAUGGAAAAAAUAGAUUGGAAUACAAAUGGUUUACCCUAUUCGAUGCAACAUUUCGGUGAUUAUUUAAUAGCAAAAAAGCUAAUCGAUAGUCGUCAAAUAUUCAAUUUUAUGUAUCCAUCGAUGAUAUCACAUAAAAUGCCAGAACUAUUUCAAGGAAAAAUAUACAAUGAAAUAUUAUUAAAAAAACUAUAUUGGAAUUAUCGCGAUUCAUAUAAUCCUACAGCGAGAUUAUCCGUAGAGAUGGAGGAUGAUAUCUUAAGUAGUAGUUCAGUGACACUAUAUCGUCCGGCUUUGGAACAUUGUUCACAUAUUAGUAACUAUCGUGCUGUCCAUCUUGUAGAUGACCUAUACAAUAAUGGAUAUGUAAAUCUUAGAGAUUGUUCGAAUCAGCAUUGGUUACCCUUGUCUCAAUGGCUGACUGUUAAAAAUAAUUUGAAAAAUUUUUGGAUUGGCUUAUUAAAAUUAGCUGACCGUAUUAAAACAGUAACGACUGAGAAAUCAAUUGAUCAAAUAUUUUUACGAAAUGCUGAACAAAAAUUUCAUUAUUUCAAUGCAGGUAAUUUUAAUCAAACAACUAAAUUUGUUCAAAGAACUGAUCGACAAAAUACAUUUCCAGAAGAAAUUUGUUCUUCUAUGAACAAACAAGACAAUAAUCUAAGUGAAAUAACUAAUUAUUUUAAAAAUCAAUUAUCUCAAAGUUGGAACAAAUUUCUUUUGGACAAUCAAUAUGAGAAAAGAUAUCCUUCAAUUAAAAAAAUCAUUGAACUUCUUGAUUCUUUUCGAGAAGAAUCUAUCAAACUCUGGAAUGAAUUAUUUAACCCUCUUACAUUAUUAUAUAAGCAAUUAUUUGAAAUAGGUCUAGUUUUAAGAAUCACACCAACAACUCUUAUAUCUCUACUUCAAGAAAAAAAAUCUUUAUCAUUUGUAUUGACUACCGAACAAUGCACAAUACUUGGUGGUAUUAUUGUCAAUUGGACAUUAGAACAACAAAUGGAAAGAAUUUUAUAUUUUGCAAUUCAUAAAAAAUGGGAAGAUUUUAAAAAAGAAAUAUCACAUAUACCACAUUCAAAUUGGAAACCAUCUGAAUAUAUUUCUUGGCUUAUUUUAGAAUUAGAAAUGAAUAUAACUAUACGUGAAAUGCAAAUAAAAGUAGCACAACAUAUGAUACAACCAAAUAUGAAAAUAAAUGAUUUAUCAGUACGAAAUAUAGUUAUGCAAAUGAAUAUGGGUGAAGGAAAAACAUCAGUUAUAUUACCAAUGUUAGCUGUUAAUUUAUCUUCAUCUAAUUCGAGUUUAGUUCGUAUUAUAGUACUUAAAUCAUUAUUUCCAACAAAUUAUCAAUCAUUACGAUAUAAAUUAGGUGGUUUAUUGAAUCGACGUAUUUUUCCAUUUCCAUGUCGUCAUGAUAUGAAUUUUAAUAAUGUACAAAUAAAUGAAAUUUUUAAACGUUUUCAACGAGGAUUACAAAAUUGUGAUAUUAUAUUAACUUCACCAGAAGAUAUUCUUUCAUUUGAUUUACUCACCAUUGAUAAAUGUCGAAGAAAUGAAUUUGAUAUUGGUAGUUCUAUGUUAAUAGUUCAACGAUGGUUAAAAAAAUAUGUUCGUGAUAUAUUAGAUGAAUCAGAUGAAAUUUUACAUGUUAAAUAUCAAUUAAUUUAUACUGUUGGUAGUCAACAACAAAUUGAUGGAGGUGCAGAACGUUGGAAAACUAUUCAAACAAUUCUUGAAUUAGGGAAAAAACAUGCUGUUGAUAUUUCAAAAUGUUUCUGCGAAAAUGUUUAUUACAAAUCAUCUGAACGAAAAAGUACAUUUCCACAAUUUCGUUUACAAUCAUCUGAACCAUUUUCAUUACUUUGUCAAAAAAUUGCAAAUGAUUGGAUUGAUAGUAGAAAUUAUCGUUAUACAGAUAAAUCAAUUAUAUUAUCAUUUAUUUUAGAAACAUAUUUAUCAGUUGAAAAUCUUAUUGAUAAAUUUCCACGUCUUGACAUUCAAUUAUUUCUUAUUAUUCGUGGUUUAUUAUCAUCUGAAGUUUUAUUAGUUGCUUUUAAAAAACGAUAUCGAGUUAAUUAUGGUGUUAAUACAAAUCUAUCUUUUAAUCGUUUAAUGGCUGUACCAUUUCGUGCAAAAGAUGUUGUAGCUGAUAGAACUGAAUUUGGCCAUCCUGAUGUUGCGUUAGUAUUAACACAACUUUCAUAUUAUUAUUCAGGUUUAAACAAUUCACAAUUAUCACAAUGUUUCAAUCGUUUAAAUGAUGAAGAAACUGAUCCUACAUCGAUUUAUGAUCAAUGGAUUUUAUAUGAAGAUGAAAAAGAUAUACCAAAUAAUAUUAAACAAUGGAAUAGAGUUAAUUUAAAAGAUUAUCAACAACAAAUUGAUUAUCUAUUUCCUACAUUUCGAUAUAAUAUGUUAGUUAUUAAUUAUUUUCUUAAUUAUUUUGUAUUUCCUCGAGAAGCAAAACAAUUUCCAUAUAAAUUAGUUGCUUCUGCUUGGGAUUUAUCUUCAUCUUUACGAUCACAAUUAAUUACUGGAUUUAGUGGAACUAAUGAUACACAAUUAUUACUUCCUAUUCAUAUUCGACAAUAUGAUUUACCGGAACUUCAAAAAACAGAUGCAAUUGUUGUUAAUAAUUUAUUACAAAUUGAAAAUGAAAAUUAUCAAUUUUUAUCAAUUAAUGUAACAUCAGAAAAUAUUUUAAAACAAAUUAUAGAAUACAAAGAAAUCAUAAAUGUUAUUUUAGAUGUUGGAGCAUUAUUUAUUGAUGGAACUAAUCAAGAUAUUGCUAUUAAAUGGUUGAAUUUAUCCGAUAAAAAUAUAAUUGAUUAUGUUGUUUAUUUUGAUUCAGAUUCAAUUAUUGUUUGUGAUCGUCAAUUUCAUCGUCAUCCAUUUGUAACAUCUCCAGCAAGUGAACGAUUAGAUCGUUGUAUUUUUUAUUUAGAUGAAAUUCAUACUCGAGGAACUGAUUUUAAAUUUCCUCAAGUUUUUAAAGCUGCUGUUACAUUAGGAAAUGGUUUAACAAAAGAUCGUUUUGUUCAAGCAUGUAUGAGAAUGAGAAAAUUAGGUCAUGGUCAUUCAUUAAUAUUUUGGAGUUCAUAUGAAGUUCAUCAACAAAUUAAAAAUCAAGAAAAUAAUACAAAUGAUUCGAUUAAACUGAUUGAUAUUCUUCGUUGGGUCUAUGAAAAUACUCAACAAUCAACUUGGGAUGGUUUACAUCAUUGGGCUACACAAAGUUUAAAUAUUCAAAGAAAUAUUUCUGCAUUUCAACAUAUUGAUUGGUAUAAUGAUGAACAGAUAUUUACUGACGUAUUGAUGAAAGAUUUAGCUGAAGAAUGUUCAGAAUCUGAAAUUAUUGAACUCAUAAAAAUGUAUGGAGUUUCGAAAAAACUACAAACAUUAUUCGAAAUUCAUUAUAAUCGAUAUGAACAAGUUCAUCAUGAUUAUUGUGGAACAAAACAACGUUUAUCACAAUUAUUAGAUGAAGAACAACAAAGAGAAUUAGAACAAGAAUUAGAAGAAGAACGUCAACUAGAACGUCCACCACCUGUUACUCCAUUUGAACCUAUACUCCAUGAGGAAAUUAAACGAUUAUGUAAUACAAAUAGUGCUAUGAUGAAUCUAAUACAAUAUCCUCGUGUAUUUCGUCAUUUAUCAUAUGCUUUCAUUGACACAACAUUUGUUAAUGAUUGUCAAGUUAACAAUUGGCAAGAAAAUUUUUGGAUUUCAACUGAAUUUCAACGUGUAAUUGAAACUAAAGGAGAAUUAUUAAAUCCAUUUUUACGUCCUCCACGAUGGAUUAUUAUCUAUCGUAACCAGCAAUUAAUUUUUCUUAGUGCUUUGGAAGCCAAUUGGUUAAUAGGCCAUUUAAACUCUCUUGAUCAUAAACGAAAAUCUAGGCGGCAAUCGAUCACAACAUUACGAUUAUUAUUACCUCGGAUUAAACGAGUUCAAUCAAUUUUUAUCAAUGUGCCAAGUCUCACCAUACCUCCAAUGAUUGAACAUCCUAAUGGUGUUGUUCCUUUCUUUAUACCACUCGAAUGGUUAGUUCAAUUAUUUAUUUUUAAUGGUACACUUUAUUUUGAAACAGUUGAUGAACAGACAGCUUAUUGUCAAUGUUUAAGUUUAUGUCCGAAACCUCGAACGGUGAAAGAAGAGGAAGCAUUUAAAAAUGGUUGGAUUGAUGUCGAUGGCUUUGUUAGUAAUUCUGAACAUCGUCAAUAUUUGAAAAUGUAUAAAGUUCGAUUCCAUUGCAAUUUACUAACAUUUGUCAAACAGAUCAUUGAAAAUCGAAAUAAUUCACAUGCAUCUAUAUCAUCACAUGUUGGUAGUAUUAUUCUUAAUUCACUAAAACUUAUUUAA